AAAACCAGUUGUAAAUUAAAUCCGAAACAUGACGGACGCAGAGCAAACGUUACGUGAUUUUUUGGACAAAAUUUUGGACGAAAAAAAUUACAAGCCGCGUGAAAUAAAGAUUAAAGCAAUACCGACUGAUGGAGGCAAUUAUACAUCAGUGCUGUUCAUUGUUAACGUCUCAUCUCCAAACCGAGAUGAGCUUAAACUCUUCGCGAAAGUUGGGUGUGUGGGAGAAAACUUGAGACUGCAAAUGAAUGCGGAUUGGCUUUAUGGAAACGAGAGAUUUGUUUACACAGAACUGGUUAAAAUAUAUAAAGACAUAGAAGAUGAAUUGAACAUACCCAAUGAAUACAAAUAUUUAUUUCCACAAUUUUACGGCUGCAAAGAAGAUAGAGGUAAAGAAACAGUCGUGCUUGAGAAUUUGACUGAGAGCGGUUAUAAGACUUUUGACAGAUUUAAAUCCAUGGACUGGGAACACGCUAGCGCAGGUGUCGAAAAUUUAGCUAAGUUCCAUGCUCUAUCAUUCGCUUUCGCGAAAUAUCAUCCCGAGGAAUAUAAUGAGCUCACAUUAGAUUUGAAAUUUAAGAUUACUUUUGACGAAACGCAACAAAAUGAUUUUGCCAAAGAGAUGUGGGAGAAGAUGAUCAAUGCUUCUUUACAAAUUUUAAAAGAAGAUCAAAGGAAAGCUGUCGGGCGCGUAUUGGUUGAGAGUCAGAGCAAUUUUACCAAAUAUAACAAUCCAAUUGGUAAUCCUGUUAUUGUGCACGGAGAUUACAGAAUGAGUAACCUUUUAUUCCGGAAACAGGACGAUACACUUCAAGCGAUUACCGUUGAUUACCAAACCGUCUACGCGGGGACUCCGGUUUGUGACCUAAUUUAUUUCAUCGCAUUGGGGUCUGAUGAAGAGUUUAGAAAGCAGUACUAUGAUAAAUUACUGGACCACUAUUAUACAAAGUUAGAAGAAGCGUUGAAGAGGUUUUCCGUGGAUCCACUAGAGGCUUAUCCAAAGACGAAAUUUAACAGCGAUCUGAAGGAGAUGCUGCCAUAUGCUGUGCUGUUGGGUGUGACGGUACUCCCCGUGGUAACAGUCGAUGCCGCAUCUGCGCCUAAAGUUGAUGGCGACGCUGACGGCAGCAGUUUCAUCAUGGCUCCCAAUGAACAAUACGCUGAGAGGUUCCGUGGACUUAUUAAUGACUUGUGUAAAUGGGGCGCUAUUUAACGAUAACGUUGAAUAUGAGUUCAUAGUUAUACAAGUGUUGUUAGUUAAUAAUCGGGAUAAGAUAUGUUAAUUAUAGGGCCGGAUUAAUCAUGUCGGGGCCCCUAGGCAAUGUAGUUUUCG